CUAAACAAAAUUAUAACAUAAUAAGUGAUGUUUUUAAUACCAUUUGAAAUAUCUUACAUGUAUUUAUUUCAUUAACGAUAUUAUUUUGUGUUAAAAGGAGUUACAAAUGAAAAGUCUACCUGAGUGAAACUCUGACGUCACAUUAUUACCAUUCAUCUAUUUUAAAUGCAAGUGCUACAGAAAAACUACAUACUUACGACCAUAAUAAAAAAUUAAUUAUUCUGAAAAUCACUGAUUGCAAUACAUAGGAAACAAAGAUGUAUCACUCACAAGUCAGUCUUAAGCAACAUCUAAGAUUCAAUCAGAAUUGAUGCUUUUUUGCAGAAAAACUCUAAAAUUAGUGUAAUUUUCAACACUACAAUUUCGUGUCUGUUUGUGUGUGUUAGAAAAAACAGUAUUAAAAUAUACAAAAGAAUACAUCAAAAACAUAAAAAUAAGCUCUCUGUCUAUACUUAUGAGUUCGUAUGGCAAGGCAUGCAGAAAAUAAUACUUCUCGUCCUGUUGAGACUAUUUGGCCGGUCCCCGACGAUAGCUCUGUUGUAAACAUGGUGAACAAACUGUGGAAUACCUGUAAAUCUGAUGAUCCUAAUGUUCAAACAGCUGACAUAGUCUUAAGCAGAGUUAAAACACACAAACAUCACUUUUAUCUAUGUCAAUGGCAAACAAACACACAAGUAAGCCUUUUCUACUUGCUCUACCGAUGGUUAGUAGCAAUAUCCUUUCUUGCCAUCGUUGUUUGUACAGUCCUUGAUAUUGGUAGAACCGAACCAAUAACAGAACAUCAUUAUGCUAAAUGGUGCAUUUACUUAACUAAUUGGGGUAUUCUGGCGUGUGCUAUCCAAGCAUGGCUAGCAGCGUUUAUCGUAACUGGAGGGAUUAUGAUUGUAGAGGAGGAAUUUGAACUGGAUAACCCAACGAGAAAGAAUAUAAUUCAUAAAACGUAUUGGUUUUUUUAUACAAUUGCCACAAUUUACUCUUUGAUAAUUACGGUCAUGUAUUGGACAGUUAUAUAUGAUCCUGAAAUCCACAAAAUAAACGCUGUAAAUAUGAUGAGCCACGUUGUGAACUCGGUUUUAAUGUUAAUUGACUUGAUAGUUGUUGGACAUCCUAUUAAAAUUCAGCAUGCUUAUCAGACGAUAGGCUUAGGUAUUAUUUACAUGAUAUUCACCAUAACAUACUACAUUCUAGAUGGUACAAAUAGACUCGAUGAACCGUUUGUUUAUAAGCCAAUGGACUGGAGUAGACCCGGAAAAGCACUAGCUAUCAGUGUUGGUGGCUUAAUUUUUGUAUUCAUCGUACACUUCAUCUGUUAUCUUGUCUAUAGGGUACGCGUUUGCAUUUAUAACGCUUGCUGUCGCAAAGACAAUGAACGUGAUAAAUUCACUGCAUUGGGACGAACUCUAUCCACGAAUUUGGAUACAUCACAGAGGCAAAAUUUCCUUAAUCCCACAACAAUUAUAGAUUUAAAAGUUUAAAGGAAUCACUGAAAGCAACUCACACAAAAAAGUAUUAUAAAAAAUUAUAACGGAUACCUAUUUAUUAAAAAAAAUAAUAAUAAUAAUUAUAAAAACUUAGGAAAAAGCAAGACUUAGUAGCGCGGUUGUGACGCAAGAUAUGAAAGCAGAUAAAAAAGGAUACUCAUGAAAUAUAAUCUUCUUGAUUCCAAUUUUUAAUGAUAAAUAAGAAUUUAGCAUACACCUUGGAAAAGAAACACUUUUCUCUCUCUCAGAUCUAAAUAUUUUUGGCCAAAUUUCUUACGAACAACCGCUCAAUUGUUACACAUAUAAUAAGGAAGGCUGGUUCAAUUUGUAGAACUUAUGUUUAAUUUAAUAUAUAUAAACCUAAUUAUAAUAUAUAUAGGUAAUAUUGAGAGUAGUCCAUACAAUUUAUCAAUACUACGAAAAUAUAAAUUUUGUGAAAGCGGAAAAGUGCAGAAAAUCAUAAAGGUUCUUUCAUUUUGUUUGUUUUUCUAUUAUUUUUAACAUCCGUCCUUUAUCGAAACGUACAUUACAUAUAUACAUAUAUAAUUUUUUUUUUGCUUUUUAUUCGUUUUCUAAUUUAUAUUUAUUAUAUUAUAACGAAGAAACACACAAUAUUUUUGAAAAU